ACCCCUUCAGUGUGUAACUUUUUGAUGGUUCAAAGGUUUCUUCAACUAGCUUCACAUCCAAUCCCAAUUGCUUUUAAUUCUGUCGCUUCUGUCCUUAAGAUUAUAUAGCAGUAGCUAUAAGCAAAAUCUGUCAACCCUUCGCCAUUGCCCUUGAAUUUUUUCAGAGUUUUUUUUCGACUUGAGCAGAAAAGUAUGCUAUAUUUUUGCACCAGCCAAAAUGCAAUUUUAUUGCUCACCAAAGUAGGCAGCAGUUUAUUGAAGAAUACAAAAUAAGGUUGACCAGGACUUGCGAUUUAUGCAUCUCCUCAAAUGGGUUAGGUGGGUCAACUCUCGUAGGCGAAGAACAUCGUAAAUGCAAUAAUCGUUAGAUGCAAACAAUCAUGUAUGGAAUUUUCAUUAAAGCUAAAGCUAAACCGAAUCAAUGUAAAUGUAGCUAAAUUAUACACUCAAAAAUGACAAAAAAAUGUUUCAUGACAAUAUUUAUACGCUGGUGUUUGAGCUAAACUAUACUCAUACUUAGGACUAACUAACUUACAACUACAAUUACUGUCUACACGAAGCACGCGUCUAGAACCCACGGAACAAAAAUUAAUAGCCAACUGCGACCACUUGUUGAUGAUUCGAAUGAUGAAAUUUAGCAAAAGAACAAAACGCAGUUAGUUGUAUUUGUCCGACAAUUUUUAAUGAAAAACGCUUUGAGGGUUGGCUUACCAAAUCGAACUGUAUCUUGUAGAUAACCAUAGAUCGUGCAAUGCAGAUUAUAUACUACUAAGAACUAUUUAUGUUUGAAUCAAAAUGUUACUGUGUCUCUAUUGGUUUGUGUAUUCUCUCUAAAAAGAACCCUACUAAAAAUAAAUAAGAACACCAAACAAAUUAAGAUAUUUUUGUCACAAUGAAUUCUUACAAUUCAAUUCGAUCCAAUCUCAUGGAAAAUGCAAACUAUUUGGGUAUGUAAUAUGCACACAUUCUCAUUAAAUAGGGGUAAAAUAUAUUGUGUAUUAUUAAAAAUUAUGUUGAGAACAAACCCAACUCAAAAACAAAACCAAAAUGAAAUGUUAGUGCAAAAUAAAUGUGUAAAAUAAUUAUGUCGUUUUACUUUUGAGUCGGCUGCUAUGAAAGUGUCAGGCAUUCAGUUUCCUUGAAGUCAACACAACGGAGCUCAAUCAACUCGAUCAAUUUUUAAGUUAGCCAAGAACCCCUUAAGGUAAAGAUACUCUCACUAUGCCGCCGUGCACAUUGCGUCAGAGGGGAAUGGCCUAUAUACCACGUAGGGAUAAGAAUCGGGAGAAGGAUGUCCUGGCACCCAAGCCCGUGCAUCCGCGCUCCUUGCGCUUCCACGGAUUCUUCGGCAUGUCAUAUGUCCAUCAACAUGUGAUGGUCGACGAGCGGUGGACCCCCAACUCAUUAACCGAGCAAUUCAAGGGAAUGACCGACUUGUUGACACGCCGCUUGGUGUUCAAGAAUCAUGAGUCGAAGGCCAAUCGUCAGCGGUAUUUUCGCGAGAACAAGCGUCUAAAGCUGCAAUGUCGAGAUGGGCGCACAAAAUUGCAGAAUAUUCUGGUCAACGACAACACGCACAAGAUACGCAACUUCCUCAUUAACCACAAAGAUAUGCAGCGACUGUAUCAGAAAAUGCCAAUUCACCUGGUGGUGGACAACAUUAAUCAGCGAACCUUUGUGAUGAGGAAAGAGCGGGAUCGCUUGGAGUUUCGAUUAGAUCAGUUAAAGCAGCACUACAAGGAACAGCUGCUGCGGCGGGCACUUCUUCAGAAUCGUAUCAAAUAUCAAAAUGAAUUCAUUCUCGACGAGGAGCUAAAGUCGCGAGUUUUCCUUAAGAAGAUCGAAAACUCCAAUGUGCGCCUGAAGGCUAUCAAGACCAUCAAUAAUACUUAUAAGAAAAUGAUUCAGGUGCUGGUCCAUGACGAAAUCUUUUACGAGCCCAUCUUGCGCUCCCUCAGCAGUGACAUGGAUGAUCAGUCGAACUUUAUCAAACAUAUCCUGUUCCUGGGAAUGCCGGCCAUAGCGAAGUUCAAGGAGCUAAAUGACGAGUUUAGGAACAUGGAGGAGAAGUCCCGCAAGAACCUCCAGGUCAAACUGCAAAUGCUGGCCUCUCUUAAGAAACCGGCAGGUACAUCGAUUAAUUUCAACAAACCCAAGGAAGCGCCUCCGACAACGAAUCUGAAGCGUUAUGUCCGGGAGACCCAGAGCAUGAUGAUACUUAAAUUGGAGCUAAAGGCUGUGGAGAAGACUAUCAAAGAGGUCAAGUUUGUAACCCUUUGUUCCCAGGCCAAGGAAAUUUAUCCACGAAUGAAGAGCCAGGUGGACAACAACGACAAGCUGCAUCGCAUGAUUGUUAAUGACAUGUUGGCUCACGAAAUGCUAGAGACCAAGAUGAAGUGCGCCAGUGUUUUAAAGGGAGUGCUGGUCAACAAUCUUUCAGAGGAAGAGAUCAAUCGUCUGGAGCGUAUCAAGGACCUGAAGAAAACAUUGCAGAAUGAUACCCAAUUCGAACAAGACACAUUGCAGCAUCUCAAGAAUAGAGCAGAUGCAUAUGUUAUGUUAAGAGUAAGCAUUUGGAAUCUGUUGGAAAUUCUUCGACAUAUUGAUCGACAGCCCAAAUUGCUUCGUGCCCAGUAUCCCAACUCGUACUUAAAGCUACCGUUGCUUAAAUUUGAAAUGCUGAACAUGAGGGCCGCUGCCCCCGAGAUUUUCGAGGAGAACAUUGAUAACAUAAUGCAUAUGGUGAAACGCAAGAUCUACAAGCUGAUGAAGGCCUAUGCAGUUGAGCUGAAGCCGGCGACCGUCAAGCGAAAUGUGGAGGAAUACCAUGCCGAUUUCUUGGCCAGCCUGGAUAUGUAUGAGCCCGUGGACACUGAGGAGCAGGCUCCAACGGCUCCCGAGGACGAUAUCCUGCAGGAGAAUAAGACCAUGGCCAAUGUGCCCAAUCGCAAACAGAUAAAGGCCCAAAGUGCCAAGCUCGUGGAAGAGUUGGCCAAGCGGGAUGAAAUGUAAAUGUUUCUAUUUGUAUUUGCUUAAGAGCUACUUAAAAUUUGAAGUAAGUUAAAUUCUGCAAGUAAAAUAACAAUUUAAAGUGCCCACAAUUGGUGGCCGACAAAAAAAAUAAUAAAUCGUGAGCUUUGCAUUGGCGAAAUCCCGAAAAUGUAAGCUGCUUGCCAGUAGUCGCCUUCAGAUAAUUGAUCCAUAAUUGCAGAAAACGCUGCUUACGAUCUUGGAUUUCAUCGGGUUUGAUUGCCUCAACUUUUGGCUUUUGUCGACGCCCUGCAUUUUCAGAGGCAGUUGCAAUAAUAGCGAGGAAGAAUUAUUGUUCCAUUGCCUCAUCUAAUAAUUUGAGAGUUUUUCCCAGUUUGAUUUGUGGGUUGUGUAAGGUGUGAAUAGUGUAGAUAAACCUUCAGGCUUGAAUACGAUGCGGACAACCUUCUAUAGUCUAUAGAUUAAUCCGCAUUCGUUGGGCACAUUUUCGGACCGUCUUCGAGUGCAUCAAUAGAGCCAUUAAUCAUUUCCUGGCCACUCCACAGCGAUUUCCUGUCGAGUCUUUUGCCCAAAAAGGUCAGUGGUUGUCAUAAAAGUUUACUCGCUCAGCCGUCGACGGAUGGAAUCAUUCGGAAUUCAUCCGAAAUGAAGUUGACUGGAUGGGUUGGAUGGGUUACGGGCCGUCAUUUUUCGGUCUUAGAGGAGCGAGCACGCUUCCAUUUCAGUCCGCAGUACGCUCGCUGACUGCCUUCCUAUCUAUCUGUGCUGUUAUAUCUGCGUACACGAUAUCACGCCGACUUAAAAAAAACCUGGCACGGGAGCAC